UAUUCGGUGUCGCUCGUCAUACAACAGCGGUACAAAUAAAUAUUUUCUACAAAUGAAGCACAUUUCGUAUACUAAACCGUCAAUCACUAUUCCUUCCACAUAAUUAAAUAUUCAGUUUUAGCUAAAAACACACCAAGUUCAUUCCAAAAUUUGUCUAAUCGACGCAAUCAUAAUUUUCAUUAAGAACUGGUAAAUAUUUUACCUACUUAAACCGCAAGUAAAGUGGUGUCAAGUAUUACAUAUGUACAUAUGUACAUACGUAUGUAAAUAUAACGUGGUAUUCAAUAAUAAUCGAGUUUGUUUAACUAUCCACCACGACUGAAAUAAAUUAAUAGUAAAGAUGGUACUGUUAACCGACAUGCAGUUAAAAAUCCUCUUUUUGUGUGCCUUUAUCGUGACAAUAUGUUAUAUUUCUUCACACAUUGGUCAGUACGGAGAGACGCGAUUGUGUCGAAGUUUCUGGAUUGAAGACGCCACACCCCACACGAUUCGCCAGUGGAGUGAAAAUUGCAACAUUACUGAGGAAAUGUUGAGAUUACAAGCGUUCCUACAAAGGUCACAAGUUAAAAUGGAAUCUCAAUUUGAUACGAGUUUUAUCCAUGAUCCGGAAAACGAGGUUGGCAUGGAAAACAUGCUAUCGACACUUUUAGCCGAUCAAAUCGAAGCGAUUCAACGGAAGGGAUGUGAACAGCCCAAUUUUACGUGCGGACAUCAAAACGAUUGUGGAUUAGGUUGCCAACUGCAUCAUAGAAUUGCAUGCCUUUUAAUUUCAUACGUAACAAAAAUGCCCUUAAUUCACACCGUGGACCGUGACGAUUGGGCCUACAGCAAUAAAUGGAGUGAAGUUUUUCUCCCUUUGGGGUCAAAUUGUACCCCCAGCACAAAUACGUUCACUUGGAGAUGGGAUCGACGCAAGAAAUAUGAAGUGUCCAAAUGCCACAAUGUUCUGUUCGACCAUUUCCACACAGAAAUUCCAUAUCCUCUCUCAUUUGGAAUCCCUGUGGAUCCAUCGCUUUACGGCUUAUUUCAAAACAUCACAAGUCGUAUUCAGGACCCAUUUUUAUGGAUGAUGGGUCAGUUCACAAAAAAUGCUAUGAAAUUGAAUCACACUUUCGAGAAUCAAAUUAAACAAUGGAAGAAAGAAAUUGGAUUCGAUACCGAGACUGGAACAAUAGUUGGAAUGCAGAUAAGACGAACCGAUAAAAUCAACGAAGCACCGGAAUCUGUCCACGAGGUUGCCGAAUAUAUGGCCCAAGCAGAAGAAUAUUUUCAAAAAAUUGAGUCAAACAACGCUUUUGAACAACCUUCAAUUCCACGAAUAGUUUACAUUUCAUCCGAUAAUACAUCGGCGAUAGAUAAGGCGAGAUCUUUAUAUCCCAACUGGAAAGUGCUUGGAUUUCACUCCUCCUUCUCAGAGUCAAUUGACAACAGGAAGUUUGGCCUUUUCGAAAUUGCCAGAGAUAUUUUGCUCCUUGCUGAAUGCGAGUAUGUUGUAUGUGGAUUAUCUUCAAAUCUUUGCCGACUAAUUUAUGAGAUGCAAACGUACAAAAAAUUUCAUAAGAAUCCACCCCACCUAAAAUCGUUGGACGGAGAAUAUAGCUAUCAAUUACUUGGCGACCAUUCAAUAGCUCGAAAGUUUAGAACUCUUUGGGAAAUUGGUGACGACGAAGCUCUGUCUUGUAAUUUACUUUAUGUAGCUGCUGGAUUUCUGCCCUACCCUCUAAACAGAUUAAUUGACAAAUCGAGCUACGACUUUAUAAUAGUGGGGGCAGGCUAAGCAGGAUCAGUUCUUGCGAAUCGUUUAUCAGCAAAUGAAGCCCUAAAUGUCCUUCUCCUCGAGGCCGGAGGUGAUCCCACAUUUCUGCACGAUAUCCCUCUCCUGACAACGUAUAAUUUACAACACCCCGAAACAAACUGGAUAUUUAAUUCCUCUGUAACGAUUCCCCGUGGGAAAUUAUUGGGCGGUUCGAGCAGCUUAAAUCUCAUGAUAUACGUGCGAGGAAACCAUAACGAUUUCGACAACUGGGCCUCUAUGAUGGACGAUGUGGGAUGGUCGUAUGAAAACGUGUUGCCAUACUUUACAAAAUCAGAGGAUUAUGAAGGAAUUGAGCAUGCGACCAAAUUUCACGGUACGAGUGGUCCGCUCACGGUAGCGGCGCAAACGUAUCAUCCAACCCUGAAGGAGUGGCUAGCCGCCGGGAAAGAAAUGGGUUAUCAUAAUUCUGACCCGAAUAUUAACCAAACUUCAACCUUUUAUCCAGCGGAUGUGAACGUCUUUAAUCAAAUACAUUUUCAGGUGAACUUUGACUCGACGAGGAAGGCUGUAGGUGUAACGUAUUUCUGGAAUGGGCGAACCUACACAGCUUCAGCAAGAAAAGAGGUCAUUUUGUCGGCCGGUGCAAUCGGUAGUCCGCAAAUAUUAAUGCUGUCCGGUAUCGGACGUUCCAAACACUUGAAGUCACUCGGGAUUACUAGAUUAAUUUCAGAUCUAGCGGUUGGUGACAAUCUUCAAGACCACGUAAUGUCGUAUGCAGGACCGUUCAUUUUCAAUGAAUCCGUGUCCUUCAUGGUCGAUCGGGAUUUAGGCGUUGGGGCUGCUUUGGAAUAUUUCUUGUUGAAAACGGGUAAGUUAGUUUACAUGAAAACUGAAUAUGACCACGACGCCCUUUUCAGCAUUAAGAAAGGAACAAUGGCGAAAUACAUGGAAGGGUUUGUCGGCAGAGAUGCAAACUUUGUAGGAUUCAAUUUAGCCCGUCCCCGAAGCACGGGAACUGUUCGUCUCGCUACCAAAAAUCCAUUUGAUAAGCCAGUCAUUGAUUUGAACUAUUACGAACACCAUGACGAUAUUCGUGAAAUGGUGAAAGGGCUCAAGACCAUUGUCAAGCUAUAUGAAGAAACAGAUUCAUUCAAGAAAUUCAAUGCUUCCCUGAUACCAAAUCAUUUUCCGGGAUGUGAAAAUUUCACAUUGAGGACGGACGAGUACUAUGAAUGUUUCGUGCGACACUUUACAGUCACUAGCUGGCACCAAUGCUGUACCGCCAAAAUGGGCAGACAAAACGACCCUACGGCCGUACUUGAUUCUCGGUUAAGGGUUCGUGGUGUUCAUGGAUUGAGAGUUGUGGAUGCUUCCGUCAUGCCAAAAAUCACUAAUGCCAACCUGAACGCACCUGUAAUUAUGAUUGGCGAAAAGGCUGCAGACAUGAUAUUGGAAGACUGGAAAUUAAUAAAUUGA